AUGUCUUCAGAUGCUAAUGAUUUUCGAGGAUUGAUGUACCACAAUCUUUGGGAUUCAAGUUUUGGACUACGUGCACCUGAGUUUGGAGAAGGUCUUACGGAGUUCAUGGGAUUUUCUACACAAGAACAAAGAUGCUUGGAUACUGGUAGGAUGUUUUGUCCAUGUCCUACUUGUGAUAAUAAUAAAUUUCGCAGAGUAGAGAAAGUGUGGAAUCACUUGUAUAGAAGAGGAUUUAGAGAGAAUUACAAAGUGUGGUAUUUUCAUGGUGCAGUAGGGAAUGUAGGUGGUAGUAGUGGGGAUUUUGUUUAUGAGCAUUUAGAGGAACCUAUAAUGCCUGUUGAAGAAGAUAGUGCGGUUCUCAUGGUUAAUGAUGCUUUUCGUGAGCAUAUUCCGUUGUUUAUAGAAGAUGGAAAUAGAAUAGAGGAACCAAAUUUAGAAGCAAUGAGGUUUUUUUAUAUGUUAGAUGCAGCUAAUCAUGAAUUAUAUGCUGGCUGUAGAGCAGGCCAAUCUCCUUAG